CCAGACGUUCAGUACUCAACCUAACCAGUCUUUUUCCCCCAACUGACCUUAUAAGCCUUUGCCAGAAGCAAAGCAUACCUCCCUUCUGAAAACCAAUAAGAAUCCUUGCUCCACCGCUUACCGAUCCUCUUCACUAUAACUUUUAGCUGAAUUGUGGCAUGUCGUCUUCUGUAGCCAUGUCGGCUUCAGCCGGAUCCACCCUUCCAUCUCCACCUGCAAAAGCAAUUUCUAUGCGUCUAAACAGAGAAGCCUUCGCAUAUCUGGAGGAACUGACUGAAAAGUCAGCAUUGCGUGGUCAAGCACAGCCAAAACUCAGUGUGUGCUUUGGAGAUACCCCAGCGAUUAUCAUAGAGGGAAGAACAUUUCCGUUUACAAUGACAAAGGACACUGCCUAUACACAGAUAUAUAAGCGUCGAUCUGCCGAUAGUCUAACAUCUGUGUCGGAAGUGUCCCACAAAGCGAACAUGACCCCGAUGCUUUCAUCAGACUAUAAAUCGCGAGUCAAAGCUCGUGCAGAAGAGGCUGAAAGAGAAAAGAAAUCUCGAAAAAUUGCAUUAAUCGACAAUCCCUUGGGUCCAUCAUCCAAUAUGAAAAGCUCUCGAGCACUCAAUUCUAAUAGCAAACGACCCAGUGGAUCACCUACCACCGGUGCCAUGCACUCACCAGUCAUUGUAUCUUCACCAGGCAAUGAUGUAUCGAGAGCUCCGUCCAUUUCUUCAAGCUUGCGUGAACGAGUUAUUCAACUCUUAGCUUUGAAGCCCUUCAAAUUGAGUCUGUUGGCCAAUAUGGUCAAGGCAUCCGAAAAGGAUCUUAUGCGUAUGAUACGAAAGGUUGCCACUUCGACAGGAGAUACUUGGACGCUGAAACCAGACAUUUAUAAAGAAAUCAAGAUUUGGGAUUGGAACAGAUAUGAUACAAAGGAAAAGGAAGAAGUUGCCAACAAUGCACGACGAGCGUUCGACACCUUAAAAUUGCCAGUGAGUGCACCAGAAAGGUUGCGCUUAGAAAAGCCAGCACCACCCAUUCGACCACCCAAAGCGAAACCAGCGGCGUCGCCCAGCAUGAAUGCUAUGCACCAUGGCGACGAGCAGGAUGGCGAUAGUGCAACUCAUAGGUUAAACGAGGAUGGAAAGAAGACAAAGAAAAAGAAAAAGGCCAGUACGACAUCUGCCUCUCGUAAAUCUACUAAAGCAACCAGUAAAUCGAUCUCUGUUACUGCAAAAGCCGUUACUACGUCAAGCGAAACUUCACCAUCUCAUCUCAAACCGUCUGUCAUCACUCCUCCAUCCAACAAAGCACCAUCUCCUCUCAAACCCACGCCCUCAAGUCAUGAUAGACAUGGCGGCAAAUCACCAUUAGCUGGCAAACAUACCCACUCCUCAGCAACUCCAUCUACGCAAGACACCCUGCCAGACCAUGCUAUAACGAAACGCAGAUCGGAUGAAGAGAUCAGCUCUUUACGCUACAAGAUACCAAAAAGAAGUGAAUUGUCUAAGCAUUCAUUGUCACGUUCUGAUUCAGAAGGUAAGAGGAAGCUUUCUAAGAAUGACAUUGUAUACCUGAUUACUAAUGAAUGUGGGAAAAUAAUUGAACAUAUGCAUUCCUUCUGUAGAAUCAACCGAAUCAUACGCCAACGUUGUUGAGAAGAUACCACGAGUGACCACUUUAGAAGAAUACAACGAUCUAGAAUCCAGUUUUAGGAGUCACUAUCGAGAGUACAAACAACUGAAUGACGAGCUAAACCAACAAAGGUCCUUUUUGGAAGCUAUUGAAGCCGUAGAAGCAGAACACCCAAAGAGCCUUGGUUACAAAGAUGUCAAGAU